AUGAACUUUUCCCGCCAUAUCGAUGCCACGGGCGGAAGCCGCGGCGCGUUCCGACACUGCGGAGGCUCUCACGGGCCGGAAGUGGCGAUGUCACGCGCCGGAUAUUGCCACGCGGACCCGCAGCGCUGGGCUGACCCAAUUGUGAUUCGACGCUUGAUGAACUCAAAAAUUGCCGUUCACUUUUCACUGCGGCGUUUUAGUCAGAACGGCCUUUUGUUG